UUCAGGCACUGUAGCGUUGGUCGAGGAGGGAUCUCCGGGGUGCGCGAUCUCCCGCAAUAACACCGCCCGCAUGUGGCACCGUGAUGGCAGGACUGGGGCGAUGAUGUCGACCAUUUGCGCGCCGGUAUUGGGCCUGUAAGGGCACAUGGGUGGGUUUGUUUGGAUGUUUUUCUAUUGUUUCAUGCUCUUGUCGCAGUCUUUGCUCUCUCCACUCUCAUUACACUCUAGAAAGACUUGUAUACACGGACCACACCACAGACCACAGUAAUCGCAAUGCAGAAGGUCCUCCAGACUGGGCUGGCCUCUGGCCUGUCCGCUACGUCAGGCAUCCACUCCAACAAACCCAACCCCAUGCCAGACGACCAUGACAACACCCGUGACCUGCUCCCCUCCAGCUUCAUUCCCCAAGGCGUGCCCAAAGACAAAGUCCUCUACAAAGGCAAACACCACAACGUCGAAGCCUCCCGCAUCUGCAUCGGCGCCUGGCCAUGGGGCGAUACGGCAACCUGGCACUGGGACGACUCGGAAAUGGGUCCCCUCAAACAAGCCUGGCAGACCUGCCUCCGCCACGGCGUAAACCACAUCGACACCGCCCAAGUCUACGGCUCGGGCGAAAGCGAGCGCAUCUGCGGCCAACUCGUCUCGGGGAUGAACCGGAACGACUUCGUCAUGCAGACGAAAUGGUGGGUGCUCCCCGCGGACUCGAAGAACAUCCUGCACCCGCAAGACGCACCGCUGGUCAAACUCAAACAAACCCUCGAACGACUGCAGAUGGAGAGCAUCGAUGUCUACCUCGUCCACGGCCACAUCCACCACCAAUCCAUCUCCACCGUCGCCAAAUCGCUCGCCGAAUGCGUGGACCAAGGCCUGACGAAGACUGUGGGGGUAGCGAAUUACAGCGAGAAAGACAUGCUCGCCAUGCGCGACGAACUGGCCAAAUACGACGUCCCCCUCGCAGUGAAUCAAUGCGAGUACUCCCUCCUCCGCCGCAUCCCGGAAACCUCGGGCCUCCUCUCCGCGUGCAAACAAAACGACAUCGUCUUCCAAUCCUACUCCUCCCUCGCCCAAGGAAGAUUAUCAGGGAAGUACGACCGCUGGCACGAGCCACCGAAAGAAUACCGGUUCUCCUCGUAUCCCAUGAAGGAGAUUGAGCCGACGCUGGAGGUGCUGAAGCGGAUCGCGGAGAGGCAUGGUACCAGUGUCGCGUCGGUGGCGUUGAAUUAUAAUUUGUGCCACGGGAUUGUGCCGGUGGUUGGGGUGAGGAAGCCGGAGCAGGCGGAGGAUAACUGUCGGGCGUUGGGGUGGAGGUUGAGUGGGGAGGAGAUUGCGGAGUUGGACAAGGUGAGCUUUGAGGGGAAGACUACUAGUUUGUGGCAGCAGGGGUAGGAUGUAUUGAGUGAAUGGUUUGAAUGGUACCAGUAUGCUCAAUUCCGUGAGGC